AUGGACAUUGACGACGUAGAUCGCACACCUGAUGCAGAGAUCGCUAGAAUGUUUAGAGUAUGGAAAACUGCGCACCAAAUGGUGAUCGAUAGAGGCUAUGUAAUUAAUAGCGACGCAUACAAUGACAUCGAGCAUUUUAAAGAAAGGUGUCUAAAGAACGGCGUGUUACACAAAGAAUCGAUGAUGUUUCAAGUACAAAAAAAUGAUAAUCCAAAUGAACAACUCCUUGUUGUGUUUCCUGAUGAUAAGCCUGUAGGUGUAAAAACUCUUAAAGCCUUAUGCCAGCGAAUGUUAGAUACAAAAGUUUCCAGAGGUAUUGUCGUUUUUUCCGGCACAAUGACGGCUGCAGCUAAUAAGGCGAUUCAAGUUAUCAACACCAAAGAAAACAGAUCCUAUGAAAUUGACACAUUUUCAGAAGCAGAUUUGAUGGUUAACAUUACUCAUCAUCAGUUAGUGCCGAAACAUUAUGUAUUAACCGAAGAAGAAAAGAAGACUUUAUUAGCUAAAUACCGAUUAAAAGAUACACAAUUACCGCGUAUUCAAACGACAGAUCCUGUUGCAAAAUAUUAUGGAUUGAAGAGGGGGCAG